UCUCCCCGGAUCCCAUCCAGUCCACGGAGCAACAAGGGGCCACCCACGCGGGCCUUCCCCUUCCGCCCACACUCCCAGAAGUCCACACCAAAUCCCCCCCGCAAACCCUCGAGGGAAGCUAGCCACUUGCCAUCUGAUCAACCAGCCAGCCGAUCUCAUCGAUCCGCCAUGGCGACCGCGUACUACGAGAGCUCCAGGCCCCGGGGCGGCCCCGCGGAGGAGGCGGACGACUUCGACGAGUUCGACCCCACGCCGUACGGCGGUGGGUACGACCUCGCCGUCACCUUCGGCCGCCCGCUGCCGCCGUCGGAGGAGACCUGCUACCCGUGCUCGGCGCCCUCCACCUCCUACGACGCGCCGCACUACUCCGCCUCCGAGCCGUCCCCGUACGGCCACCACGCCAAGCCUAAGCCCAACUACGGGUUCCGCCCCCAGCAGGAGCAGCAGCCGCCUUACGGCGGCGGUGGCGGCUACGGAUCCACGCCCGAGCCCCCUGCUGAGGAGGGCGGUGGCUAUGGAUCUGGCUACGGAUCCGGGUAUGGUAGGAAGCAGCAGGCGGAGGAGAGCUACGGCUCUGGGUACGGGAGGAAGCCGCCGCAGGCGGAGGAGAGCUACGGGUCCGGCGGGUACGGAUCUGGCUACGGCGGUCAGACCCGGCCGGAGGAGAGCUAUGGGUCAGCAGGGUAUGGAUCUGCCAAUCCGCCAGCUGAGAGCUACGGCUCUGGCUACGGGAGGAAGCCGCAGGUAGAUGAGAGCUACGGAUCGGAGUAUGGGUCUGGGUACGGCAGGAAGCCGCAGGUAGAGGAGAGCUACGGAUCGGAGUAUGGGUCUGGGUACGGCAGGAAGCCACAGGUGGAGGAGAGCUAUGGAUCAGGGUACGGCAGGAAGCCGCAGGUAGAGGAGAGCUAUGGAUCAGGAUACGGCAGCAGGCCGCAGGGUGGGGAGGAGUAUGGCAGUGGUGGGUAUGGGAGGAAUACUCAGGAGGAGUCCUCGGGGUAUGGCUAUGGCAGGAAGAAUGAGGAGCAGAGCUAUGGUGGUUCUGGAUAUGGGUAUGAGAAGAAGGCAUCUGAGGAGGAUGAAGGUGCCUAUGGCUCUGGUGGUUACCGGAAGCCAAAACCGUAUGGCGAGGAGACACAGGGUUCAUAUGGUUAUGGAGAGGAGCAGUCCAAGUAUCAGAGUGGUGGGUAUGAGAGGCCAAGCUAUGGUGGGGGAGAGGGGUACUAUGGCCGCAAGAAAGAUGAUGAUGACUCGGAUGAUGAGAAGAAGCAGCGUCAUCAGAAGCACCACCACCAUCGCCGCCACGACUAUGAUGAUUAAGCACCAGCGCCUUCUGCUGGGUGUGUUUGCAUAAAUAAAGAUGGGUGUACCUUCUGGACAUUGGACCAUCGUUGUGACGUUGCCUCCUCUGCAUUGUUACUGCUCAGUCGUGAGUGUGCUGUGUGUUUUCUGUGUUCAAAUCGUGACCAAAUAAGUACCGGCUGUAUCAUUUGUGAUGAACCAUCGCCCACGCCUGCUGAUGCCGAACAGAAUGUCUGAAUUCUACUUUGUACUUGUCCUUGUGGUGUUUCUUUCAGUGACCGGGACUUUGUUUGGCAUCAGGCACCACUCUUCUCGUACAUUUUCCUUUGCUGUUGCUAUCA